AUGGCGACCACGGGCGGUCUUUUUGGCGCCAAGCCAGCAGCGACAGGCGGCCUCUUUGGAACUCCCGCUACACCAACUCCUCAGCCAAGUGCUGGCGGAGGUCUCUUUGGCGCGGCAACAAACACGGCCGCGACCCCUGCCACAGGUACAACUGCUGGUGGUUUGUUUGGGUCAACACCAACUCCUGCGCCAGCCGCUGGUGGACUCUUUGGCGCCAAACCCGCAGCAACAACGACGCCGGCGACGACAGGAGGAGGCCUGUUUGGCAAUACUGCGGGCACCCAGCAGCAGACGACAGGCGGAGGACUGUUUGGUGCCAAACCUGCAGCAGCACCAACGACAGCGACGACGGGUGGAGGAUUGUUUGGAAAUCCUGCGAAUACUGCAACCACCCAGCAGUCAGGAGGAGGUCUUUUUGGCUCGACUCCAGCUGCAGCCAGCACAGGAGGUGGAUUGCUGGGCCAAACUCAAGCAAAGCCCUCUGGUGGUUUAUUUGGAUCAACUCCAGCUACCGCUGCUCCUGCCACGAACCAAGUUGCGGCUGUCCAAGUCAACUAUGACAACCUGCGACCGCGAUCGCGUUUCGACGACCUUGCCCAGCCGAUUCAGAACGAAAUUGCUCUCAUUGACAAGGGCAUCCAGCGCGUCAUCAAGAUGAGGGAUGAAAUUGGCGAAUUCAUGCCCCAGCAUGAAAAGGAUAUCGAUCAGCUCGGACGAGACGUCCAAUUUGUCGAGUCUAAAUUCAAGACGGUUCAGGACGCCCUCAACCGCGACAUCCUGACCGUCAAGGCUCUUCAGGACAUGACCAAGAAGGACGUUGCGGACGCCCAGCUCUCCUUCAAAGCCGCCGACAACCUCAAGCUACCUACACAUUACCACCAAACCGGCCUCUUCGCCGGCCCCCCUCCACCAAACGACUCCAACUCAACAGACGCCUCAUCCGCCCAUGCCAGCGCUCAGGAUCUCAUCACUUACUUUAACCGCAUCUGCGAUGACGUUGAGAAGUACAAGAACCGCUUGGACGAGUACCGGUCCCAGAUCGAGCGGGAUAUGCCCGGGGUGGAGAACGGACUCUACGAGCAGAUCCGCAGUCUACGCGACCACAUGAGCGCUCCCGUCCAGGACCAGCUCAGCCAGGUGCUCUCAGCAUUACGGGAGAUGGGCAGCGCAGUCAUCGCUCAGGCUGGACAGAUUGCGGAUACGAGGGAGAGAUUAUCAAGGUUGCAAGCGGGGAUCUUGGAUAGCGGGCUGUAUUCCGGGGUUUCUUCAUGA